AUGCGGACAAUAGGCGAUUCCGUAACUGAGGCAGCAGGUCCCGAAGGAGAACUCGAUGGGACUGCGUGGACACCAGGCACUGGAGUUGUUACAGGUUGCAGGCGUCGAGUCACUUCGGCGGUUACGGAGCUGACGAUCUCUUGGAGCUGUUGGGGCGUGAUAGCCGAGGCUGGAGCAAGAGGAGCAGCUGUUGCUGGCCGAGGAGAACUGGACGAAGGAACCGUUGUGGUUGUUCCUGAGGCACGGGGCGCUCGAGCGCGAUGGGAACGGCGUGCUGGUGGUACGGCUACCGAUACUGGUCGCUGA